AUGUGGACUCCAGCCCUGCGUAAUGCAUUUUCCUAUGGUGAUUUGACUUGUCAGAGUAUAAGUCUGAAACGAGGGUAGGGCAAGAAAUGGGUGGAAGAUGAGCAUCUUGUGUACGGUCACAGGAUUCCGUAGUCGCCGUGAUCGUGCGUGUCACACAUUCAGAGAGAUGAGCGACGGAGAGAGAGAGUUAAACAGGGGCCUGUGUGGGGGGGUAAAGUCAGGGUGAAUUUGUUUGAUGGGGUGACUCUAGGGACAGAAGCCGCUGGUCAGGGGUGGAGUUUACGUCCUCGGGGCUUCACGCAAGGUUGCUGACAGCCACGAGAAAACAAGGGGCGAGACAGACGGACACACAGAGACACAGAGAGAGAGAGAGAGAGAGAGAGAGAGAGAGAGAGAGAGGUGGAGGGAAAAAGCAUGGAUGAAUGAAUUUAGCUGUCCCAGCAGUGGAGGUAAGGGGUUAUAUACAGAAAAACCUCUUGUGAGAGAGAAGGGGAAUCCGAGUGGAAUGAGUGUUGUAAGGCGGAGAGAACUUCCUUCUACACGUGACGUGUUGGCUGUCCAACCCGUUCUUUCUUUUUUUCCUUAACCCCCCUACGCCUGCCUAUUCAAUUGCCUUGCAAUCAAAAACAUUGGUUGCCGUUUUUUCAAACGGUAGCCAAUUCUUUCAUUUGCACGUUGUGAGCAUUUUGUUGUUAUUAUGGAAUUUAUGGUAUUCUUAAACCCGGAGUGCCGUUGUAUGUCUAAAACCGAUUGCAGGGAAGGUCGAUGUGUUAUCGUUACUCGGUGGUUCUGUUAUGAGGAUGGUUGGGCUCUUUAUUUCUCUUUCUUGGGAUGGUUGGCUGUUGUUUUCUUGUCUUGCUUUGUAUUCCUUUGUCUCGGAGAAUGUGUGGAAUGACAAUGUGUGAGGGGGCGUGCGUGGUUGCACCCAACAAAAUUACGCUGCCGUGGUAAUAGUUCGAACACGUUUUUUGUCGAGACGAUAGCUGAUUUUGUCGGUGGAACCAUUUUCUGAAUGCGGUUCUGCAUGUCCCUCUCUUUCGUUCUCCUCGUUGCUCUCACGUUCGCCUCAUUCUUUGGAAAAUCUCUCCCACGCUAAGUGGUUGGUUUUCAUGUGUACCCGAUUCUAAAGCAUAUUAUUGGCAUCGGAAGCAAAUUUGCAGCAGCGUGCAGUUGGACUCGGCGAUGUAGGAGGAAUGGGAGCAUGUAGCGUGUGCGUCAUCAUGUUUCGCGCCAAUCGCGCAACCGUGUAGGUUUCGCGCAGUUCCCGCCAAAUUUUCGCGCAGUUCCCGCCAAAUGAUGCAGGCAUCGCAGACGUCGUCUAUCAGAUGCGUGCUAAUCAGUAGGGAGUCACGAGUUAGUGACCAUAAUAUAGGUAUUGGCGCGAAGCAGCUCCCAUUAGUGGUCAUGGAUGGAUGUUUUGGUGAAAACAGUGAGAGAGAGAGAGAGAGAGAGAGAGAGAGAGAGAGAGAGAGAGAGAGAGAGAUGGUCAUGGAUGGAUGUUUUGGUGAACAUACACGCACAGAGAGAGAGAGAGAGAGAGAGAGAGAGAGAGAGAGAGAGAGAGAGAAUGGUUUGUGGUGGUGUGUGUAUCUCGCCGUCGCGGAUAUUGUUUUCUAAGGAAAGCUUCGGUCAUGGCAGGGAAUUGAAGGAAACGUCGAUGAAGACACGGAGAAGGUUGCUUUGUCCGUUGGGAGGAAGACAGGAGAAGGGGAGAAGAAAGGAGAUGCUUGCUGAACGCGCGGGAGGGCCUUCUGUUUCUCUUCGACGAGAUCGGUUGGCUAGGCCGAUCGGAAUCGGCAACGUGCAGAUUGUCAACGGUCAGGAGAGAAGACUCUGUCACGGGGACGGAGGAAGCUGUUCCCCCCCACAUCCUUUACCUCCUUCUGGAGGAACACGACACGCAGUAGCAGUCCCCUCACUGUGGGUUCUUCGUGCAACUUGGCGCGCAGUAACGGUGCUACGCUGGGAGCAAACUGCUUGCUGGUUCCUGUAUGAGCAGUUGGGCGGCUUUGUGCGUUUGCUGCGCAAGCAAGCCGCUUGGGAACCUGUCAAUGUCUCCGCUUUGUCUCCGCUCUUCUCAGUUCGUUUCCGCUCGACUCCGUUAAUCUCCGUCAAAUCUUUCCGUUUUCUGCUGACCCUGGUUGGUGAGUUCGUCGUUUUUAUGCUGUUGUACCUCUCUGUGUCCUCUUUAUGGUGUAUUUUCAAUAAAACAACACUAAAUAAAUUGAAAUUCUAUGGGUCCCACAACUGAUUCUUCCCCCAUCCCAGACAGGAAAGGGUAGUAGUAAUGGGACUUCGUCGACAAUCGGUUAGUCUAGCAGAGAAGCUUUCUUUUGUGAGAUGAGAAAUGAGGAAACAGCGAUCUGUUGCGGUCGACGUCGGCAGAUUCGGACAUCCAAAGACUUGUUGACGCGCGAUGAACUGGCGGCCAAUCUGACACGAGUCUUCGAAAGCGACCAGAAGAUAUUAAUAGCGUAGGGGAAGAAGAAGAGGGGUCGUGAUCAAUAUGCUUUAUCCUUGUGGAGAGGGGAGGGGGCGGAGAAGCAGCGGAUGUGUGGGCAUGGUAGGCCAUAGAGCGCUGAUGUUUUUGCCUCCCUUUGUCCUCAUGGUACCCAUCAAUAUGCUUUAUCCUUGUGGAGGAGGCGGGGAUUAGUAGUACUGUUGGCUACGUCGUAGGCAAGGAGGAAAUUGGAAAUUACAGAUGAGAAUUUAGACACUUGGUGAUCUGAUGUACACAACGGCACUCCUUCCUGUUGUCUUCCUCCUUUUCCUUUCGAGGGAACAGCGUGAUGUGUAACGGAGCGCGGGCUGAGGCAAACUGUAUGUUAUGGCGUUUGCACGGAGACGCAUACUCCUCUCCUCCCCUCCCCUCCCCUCCCCUCCCCUUUCUCCAUCCCCUGAACAGACGGAGUGUGCUCUUGUUCAAGAGGGAGUCAGCUCUUGUUCAAGAGGGAGUGAGCCCUUGUUCAAGAGGGAGUGAGCUCUUUUUCAAGAGGGAGUGAGCUCUUGUUCUAGUUAAUAAAGAAAGAGACACAGCAGUACAGGCGAACAGUUGGACAGUGGGUGUUAGUGGGUGCAUGGGGAUGUGUGUGGCGGCACUCUUUUCAUGUUGCCCAUAUUUUUUUUGUCGCGCCGCUUUCUCCCUCGCCUUACGUGGAGGUCGAGCGCAUUUGCAAUGCUCCCAAUGUUUCUCUCUCCUCUCGUCUGCCUUUCUACAUAGACUCCCGCUCCCGCUACGCUGAAUGAAAGACGGGUGGUGUCCGUAUGAAGCGGACCAUUGUCUAACGGCAGAGUUAUUAUUAUCACUGGCUCCACUUUUUUUUUUAUUCCUGGUCUCUUUCGUCUACAUAAAGCUCCGGCGUCAAAGCUUUAUGUUUUUUUUUUUUUUUUUUUUCUGUGUCUGUCUUUGCCACUUUGUUUUUCUGGUCUCUUUCGUCCAUCUUUGCUUUGUCAGGGAGUGUUGUGAGCGAAGAAGGAAAAGGCGAGCAUGUGCUUUUUUCAAAAUCCUUUCGUUGUCAUGGAGUUUCUUGUGAAGUGGGUGAAGGGAUGAAGAGCGAGGAGGCUUACUGGUGCGCUUUUUUCCGAUUUAUUCGAUUGAAUAGGGAAAGGCCGAAAGUGCAAAGUCCUUUAAGAAGUUGGUGGUGUACGAGUGGUUUUGGCAAAAUGCCAUUGGGUCUCGCUGCCCGCUACUCUCCAAGUGUGCAAAAUGAGAAGGAAUCUUCCGCCAGAACAGGGAAAGAUUCACGGCCAUAUUUUUUUUGUCUUUUGUGCUUGUGGUGAGUAGUGGAGCGAAGCCCCAUUGGAUGCGGCGUGGGUCUUAUCCGAACCCACGAUGACAUCUCCGACUGCUCACCGGCUUGCAGAUUAAAGAGUACAGUCACACCAAUGAACCUACGAUCACAUCUCCUAUUGCUCGUGCGUUUAUUUUGUCGACAGCGACUUUCUUAUUGCUGUGCGGCCGUCGGAGAAUGAACGGCCAGUGUUGUGCAGAGCCAGCGAUGCCGAUUGUGCGACCAAGCGUGCGUGUUACGCAAGGAAUGAAGCGUGCCGAGGGAG